GUGCCAUUCAGAAUGCCAGUCAUGGUAGAAGACAUUAUGAAACUUCUCUGCUCCAUUUCAGAGGAGAGGAAAAUGAAGGCUGCCUUCAAGCAUUCAGGGAAGGGGGCGCUGGUGGCAGGGACCGUGGCUUUUGUUGGGGGUUUGGUGGGCGGCCCCCCAGGAAUAGCUCUUGGGGGGGCAGUUGGUGGCCUACUUGGUGCUUGGAUGACUAGUGGACAAUUUAAACCAAUUCCUCAGAUCAUAAUGGAACUGCCCCCUAUUGAGCAACAGAAGCUUUUUAACGAAGCCUAUGCCAUUAUUGGGAACUUGGACUGGACGGAUAUGGUGCAGCUGACUGCACUGGUAAUGGGGAAUGACGCCCUUCAGCAGCAGUUGGCAUCAGUGGUAGUAAAUUAUGUCACACAAAAGCUUCAAGCAGAAGUACAGUAUGGAGACUAGCCCUCUCCAGUGAAUGGUUUUUACUAUGUAAUGAAGGGAUUUUCAUUUGGAUGAUUUUGAUGACUUUACUGUAGAAAAAUAGCUAGUAAUUGCUGCUACUUAUGUUUGAGGUACCGGAACCCCCUCACUCUGGGUGAAUUUCUUCAGAAAUCUGCGAUCCUUGAGUUAUCCCCAAAUUGGGUCAAACUACCUAAUUUAUAUUAAGUUACUAAGGAAGUAUUGUAGCAUGGUCCAAAAUGAUCUGUGAAACAACCAUGGUUCCAGUUUCUACUCAGAGUGAUGCCCAUUGACAUAGUUUUGACUGUGAAGUUGUCAAAAACAAAAAACCUCAUCCACAGAAAGACUUGCUUAUUGCACACAUUAAUUGCACUUUUCUAAAUUCAUUUCUCUCACAAGACUAUUUAAAAAGAUAAUCAGAUGUAAUUGCCUUUUGGACGACUUUUCAGUGUUCCUCCCCGCAAUUCCUUUUUUUGCAGCACCUGGGUACUAGUUUCCUGUUGGUGCCCCCUCUGCCUUCACGUUUUUAACAGAAAGCAGUUGUGAAAAUGUGUUUCCCUUCUUCCUCCACCCUGUCUGUCAUUGUACACCUCCCGAAUCUGAAUCACCGUGAAAUUCUCAGCAAGGGGGGGGGGGGGGGUGCAGCAUAAUCUGCUGAUCUCCACACAGUCCCACAGUGCUGAAGGAAGAAGCAGAAUAGAGGCUGUUCAGUGUUUAUGUCUGCAUCCCCUGACCUCUCCAGUGCCUCACUUUCCUCAUCUAGAAAAUGAGGGCAAUUAUUUUUUUUUAAUUUAAGUGGUUAUUUUCAGAGCAAACUCGUUGUUAGUUCUUCUUUCCCGGGAUCAUGAGCCACCUUUCACAAAUGGUUCUUUUGACUUGCUAAUUGAUGUGUCGAGCUUCAGCAAUGCUCCACUUAAAACAUUUCGUAAAGGGGCAGUUCUUAUAGAAAAGGAAAAAUGCAGAUUAAUCUUUUCUGAAUAAACCCUUUUUCUCAUUUCUUUAUGAUGACUGGUAAUGCUUUCCAGAACAGUUUACCAGAUGAACUAGAUGCCACCAGAACUUGGAAUUAAGGAUUGUAUUGUAGUGUAUAAAUCAUCCUUUUCUAUUGCAGACACACAUAACAAAACUUCCCUUGAGUUGGUGUGAACUUAACUCAGAUACAAGUUUUUCAGGAAAUUUAUCCUACCCCAUCUUGGCUGCUGCUAGGAUGUAGGUAUAGUUCUCUCACUGCUUCUCUUCUCUCUCCUCCCUAGCAGUUAGCAGUUGUCUAUAGGCAACUGAAAUUCCUUCAUAAAUUCCCAGGCCCUUUGGGCAAGAAUAGAAAACCAGGGUGAUUGUGCUUAAGUAGCUACAUGCUGGGGAAGACACUGUAAUCUAGGUUUGUCACUGCUAAAAACUGCUGUAGUGAUAAGAAAAUGGUCAAUUUGUGGGUGAAUAUAGCUACUUAGAACCUCAGUUUUCAGUUUAGUUUUUAGGGCUUUUUUAAUUGUUUUUUUUUUUUUAGAUUUUUUUAAUUAAAUAAGGAGAAGUUCAGGCUGACCCAAAACUUAGGUUAAUUUAUAUCCAUGGUAUAGAAUAAAACUGGAAAAUAUUGAAGAUGAAACUACGUUGGAAUGGAGCCUGUAUUUCUCAGUGAAACCUUUCUUCAAAAUGAAUUUUAUCUUCCAUGUGUUAGAGUACCAUAUCACAGGCUAUGUUCCCUACAGUUUGAAUUUUUUCUCCACAUGUCACUGAUAUGACAUAGCCACAAUGACAUUUAAAUGUGUUUUUUAUAAUCAUAUUGGACAUUGCUUCGUUUUUCCUUUUCACUUCCAAACUCCCAAGUGCAAUCACUGAAGAUUAGUGUUACCUAAAGUCAGAAUUUGAGCUGUAUAAUGUUUGAUACUGGGAAUUUUUUUCUGUUUUAUAACAAGUAUAGUAUAAAGUAGUUUUCUUUUCUAU